AUGGCGCAAAGAACCACCCUGCAGGAAUUCGAGGCCGUCUUCCCCAAGCUGGAGGCCGACCUCAUCGAACAUGCCAAGUCAUACAAGCUGCCCCAGCAGCAGAUUGACUGGUACAAGACGAGCUUGAGGACGAACGCCGUGGGCGGCAAAUGCAACCGCGGAAUGUCCGUCCCCGAUUCCGUGUCGCUGCUGCUGAACAAGCCCCUCUCUGAGGACGAGUACUUCAAGGCGGCGACACUGGGCUGGUUGACGGAGCUGCUCCAGGCCUUCUUCCUCGUGUCUGACGACAUCAUGGACACCAGCAUCACGCGCCGCGGAAAGCCGUGCUGGUACCGGCAGGAGGGCGUGGGCAUGAUCGCCAUCAACGACGCCUUCAUGCUCGAGGCUGCUAUUUACACCCUCCUCAAGAAAUACUUCCGCUCCCACCCCGCCUACGUCGACCUGCUCGAGCUGUUCCACGAGACCUCGUACCAGACCGAGCUGGGCCAGCUGACGGACCUGCUCACCGCACCCGAGGACAACGUCGACCUGGACAAUUUCUCCAUGGAGAAAUACCGCUUCAUCGUCAUCUACAAGACCUCCUACUACUCCUUCUUCCUGCCCGUCGCCCUUGCGCUGCACCAGCUCAACAUCGGCACGGAAAAGAACCUGAAGCAGGCCGAGGACAUCCUGAUCCCCAUGGGGGAGUACUUCCAGAUCCAGGACGACUACCUCGACAACUUUGGCCUGCCAGAACACAUUGGCAAGAUCGGCACUGAUAUUAUGGACAACAAGUGCUCGUGGCUGGUCAACCAGGCCCUGGCCGUCUGCACGCCCGAGCAGAAGAAGAUCCUCGAGGACAACUAUGGCCGCAAGGACAAGGACAAGGAGGCGGUCGUCAAGAAGCUCUACGACGAGCUGAACCUUGAGCAGAUAUACAGGGACUACGAGGAGAAGGUCGUCGGCGAGAUCAGGGACAAGGUCGCCAAGAUCGAUGAGAGCGAGGGCCUGAAGAAGGGCGUCUUCGAGGCCUUCCUGGCCAAGAUCUACAAGCGAAGCAAAUAA